GCCUGAAGGAAGUCACAUGAUCAGUGGCGGCUUCGGUGGCCUUGGUCUUUCCAUCGCGCAGGAGCUCGUGGACAUGGGCGCCCAGCAGUUGAUUUUGGUGUCAAGGAGCGGUCGCACCCCUGCUGGGGACGAGAAGUUGCAGGGCAUGUUCGAUGCCCUCAAUGGAUCCACAGGCGUCACGGUGCAUGCCUGGUCUUGCGAUGUGGCAGAUGCCGGGAAGACGCGGGACAUGCUGAAGAAAGCCAAAGCAUUGGAGGUGCCGCUGCAAAAUGUGGUCCAUGCUGCUGGCAUUAUCGACUUCUGCGAAGUUGGCAAACUCACAGUGGAAGGCAUGAGCUCGGUGUUCAAACCAAAGGUGUCCGGAGCUUGGAAUUUGCACAGCGGAAUGGACACGAAGGAUGCAGAGGAGUUGAAUUCGUUCGUCCUCUUCUCAUCGGUGUCUUCCUUGAUCGGCUUGUGCGGAAGCCUGGAAUGUUCAACUCAAAACAGGUCCUCGGGUAUCACUUACUCCGCUUCCAACGCCUACCUCGAUGGCUUGAGCCUCUGGCGUCGCCAGGAGAAGCUGCCCUGCAGCAGCUUACAGUGGGGCCCUGUGGCCGAUGUGGGCAUGGCGGCCAAGGGCGAAGCACACGGCGCAUCUGACUCGGCCCUGAAACUGAUCUCUCCGAAGCACGUGCGCAGCGCCUUCCAUCGCGUGCUGGCGAAGCCCUCGCUGCCGGCCUCGUUGCUCUUCGCCCGUGCUGAUUGGGCGCGAUUCAUGCAGCAAGUUGGCACGGUUGUGCCGGUUCUGGUUGAGUCGCAGGUUCCAGAUCCACUGAGUGGCCAGUGCGUGAGGACCGACUUGCAGGAUAUCGCCGCGAGGAAGGCCAACAACUUGCGACUUGCCACAGUUGAGUCAGAGUGGGAGUGGCUUCUGUUUCAGACGCCUGACAGACAGGCUGCGGCUGUUCCAGUUCUUAGAAGGACUGGUGGGCUUCUCCUAUGCUUGCCAGAUGGAGCAAUCAGCGCCGAGGAGGAGGCCAACAACCAACUUGGAGAUCUCAUCGCAGAGUUGGGGCCUGUCAAACGGACCUAUGUAUGCUGCCAAGGUCAUGGGGGAGAGCCGACACUAGCUGUUGUCUUCAUCGACGUGCAAGAAUCCAACUAUGGUGUCUUGCACUAUGCUACCCGGAAACGUGUGGCAUGGGAGGAAGGAACGAUCCAAUUCGUCGAGGGCGAAGAAGUUGCCAGGCCAGAUGGCCCACAGAUCAUCGCUGCUGCUCAAGCUUGGGUAGAAGGCGAAGAUGGACCCACGCCAGAAGAGUACCUCUCCGCCGUCGAGGGGGCGCCUCCUUCCGUACCAAUGCAAAUGCCACCUGGCAUGGACAUGGUGCUGGCUCAGCUUUCUUCCUUGGCCGAUGCAGUCAGCGCUCUGCAAUCCAAUGUCAAAGGUUUGCAAGAGGAACGCCAUUCAUCACCUCUGGCAGUUGGGGCUCGUGCAAAAGCAGCUUCAAGUGUCAAACCCCAUGCAGACCCCUUGCAGCAACUAGCGCAAUUGGCGGGCCCACCGCCCCGCACCAGAAGUGUAGCGGUCACGGCCGCCAAAGACGUUGCAGACUUAGAUGGGGAGGAGCUGACCGAAGAGGAAGUAGCCCUGCUGGAAGAGGGUCAGUCAGCCCUGAGCACGGACCAGAUGCUGCGCCUCGCCUUGGUGAAGGCCUUGGGAAAAGGGAGCAAGUCCCGCAAAAAAGUAGGCUUGGCUUUGGGAGACAGCUCAGACGAGGAGGAGGACGAUCCGCUCAGGAAGUUGAGCGGAGCCCGCGGCACCCUUUUGCAAGAGAAGUUGAGACAAGGGAUGGAUGCAACACCAAUGGCGUACGUGAAAUCCAUCGAAAGCAUGGCUGCUGCUUGCCUGGGGCAGACUCAACCCACGCAAGACACAAUGGAGAGGUUUGUGCGGGAAGAGAUGCCAAUUGGAUCCAGCCGGGAUUUGGGCUAUAUGGUUUGGGCUAUUGUCAAGGCUUUGAAUCUGAUGCGGAGCAAGAGCUACGACAAAGCCCAGCUCGUUCUCAUGCUGACCUUGGCAGCGGUGGAGCAGUACAGGCUGGACCAAAAUUGGCAGUCAGCAUGGAGGUUAACGCACCUGGGCCUGCCACCCUUUCAGGAAUGGAAGGUUCGAGAGCAAUCGGUGCAGCAGCUUCGCCUGGAUCAUGCCCACAGUCGCUUGAUUCAUGCAACAUGGGCGGCAGCAAUCACUGCACGUCUCAAGGACGAGGAGGUGCUGAUGAAAAGGCGAGGAGCUCCAAAAGCGUUUCCCCGAGCCGACAAAGGCGGCGACAAAGGCAAAGGCCGUGGUCGCAAGGCGGAACAGGAGGUUGAAGACACAGCCUCUGAAUUAGAACGUUUGCAUGCGUUGUUUUUUGAUCAGGAUAUCCCCUAUGGCUCCAAUCAGGGUCAUGAGAAUCAGAGAUCUAGGUCAACUCCUGCGGUUGUUGUCCCCACGGUGGCAUCUUCCGUGGCUUUCCCGGAAGAGUUGCAAGGUUUUAACCCCUUACCCUUUCUGGAUGAGGAAUUCUCCCGGGCAUACCACGACCCUAGCUGUUUAUUGCAUGGUCAGUACAGGGAGCAGCCGCGGAUGAUGCCACCUGAUGCUGUGUCGGCCGCGACCCGGAGUGAAUUGCUCCAUUUGGGAUGGCGCUGGGAUCAAGUAGAUCGGCUUGCCUUAGCUCUUCCGAGUCCCUGGUGGUCCGUUUCGGAGUGGGAAGGUUCCAAAGCUUUAGCUGAUUUGAAGUCCAGACAUCCCCGGUUGCAUUUGAAACCAUCUGACACCAUCUUCAUGUGCUUUAAAGGUCUUAGUAUGGGGGAUCAUUGGGCACCUGCCUUUGCCCAAAUGGCUCACGAGAACCUCUUAGCCAGAGGUGAGUUGCAGCUUUUAAGCAUUUUGGGUCCCACGGCCUUAGCUCAGUUGCGACGUCAAGUCAGUUUCCACACCAAACUUUUACCUCCUAUCAGUGCUUUUUUUCAAGAGCAAGGGUUGCCAGUGUGCCCGACCGUGGCAUCGCACGAUUUUGAGUUCCAAGCGCCGCCCGCCUUGGAAGGACGCUCCGUGCGUCUGCCUCGGGCCCCUCUGCCCGGCUGGUUCUUAGACUUGCGAGCAGGGCGCCUGGCACAAGCUCAGGACACUUUAGAUGAUCUCUCCCAGACUCCGCGGUCUGCCGGCCGGUGGUUUCUGUUUGCGGCAGCAGCUUGUUUGGCUGGUGUUGGCGGUUUCAAUACAAUCCGUGAUUGGGCCUCGUCCAUCCGCUGCGCCUCGCAACAGAGACGAUUUGGAACAAGGGAGGGUUCUUCAGACCACCGCUGCCCUCAGAAGACAGCUUCUGGACGCUUUUGUGGACUGGAUACAGAAUCAGGAAGCCAGUGCGACCGGAGCUCGUCCUUUCGCAAGUUUGGCCAGGGAGACACCCAUAGUUGUGACGGAGUUGCUGGAAGAAUACGGCCGAGUUCUCUACGAGACUGGGGCAAGCCGACGAACAUUUGCGGAAACAAUCAAUGUGGUCCAACAGAAAUUCCCAUUCUUGAGGAGAAUGAUGACUGGCCCGUGGCAACUGGCAACUACUUGGGAAAGCUUACACCCAUCUCAAAUGCAUCCUCCAAUCCCGAAACCUCUCUUGGAGGCAAUGGUGAGCAUUUCAAUUUCUUGGAAGUGGCACCGCCUAGCUCUGCUGCUUUUGUUGGGCUUUUACGCUUUACUGCGGCCUGCCGAACUUUUCUUCUUGAAGGUCAAGCACUUUGUACUGAGCGAUCUGACAGGCCCGUGGCCAGACCAGCCCUGGUGCUGGUGCUUUGGAAGCCCUGCAGGGAUUGCCAGCUGAUGUGCUGCAAAGUUGGAUACUUAGGCAAGUUGAUGAACAUUGUCCUGGACGUGGCACAGGGUGUGUUGGGUGAGAGUUUGGAGGAGGAUGCUCCUCUGAUGGAGUCGGGUCUGGAUUCUCUUUCUGCGGUGGACUUCCGCAAUCAGGUGGCGAAGCAAUUGCCAGGGCUGAAGUUGCCGAACACCUUGAUGUUCGACUAUCCCAGUCCACAGGCCAUCGCCAAGUACGCUGCUGCCCAGCUGGCUCCAGCCGCUGCGCCAGCCCCUGCCGUGCUGCGCGCAGCACCAGUGGCGGGUGCGGAGCGGGGGCCCCUGGCGGCCUUGUCCACCGCCUGCCGAUUUCCAGCGGGCGGUGAGGAUCCAGAAAUCUUCUGGACUGCACUGGUGCAGAAGACAGAUGGUGUGACAGAGAUUCCCUACGAUCGCUGGGAUGUGGAUGAAUACUUCGAUCCAUCGCCCAAUGCAGUGGGACGUAUGUACGUCCGCCAUGCGGCCUUCAUCCAAAACGCCGACUGCUUUGAUGCCAUGCUCUUUGGCAUCUCGGGAGCAGAGGCGGCUAGCAUGGAUCCACAGCAAAGACUUCUGUUGGAGAUUGUGCAGGAAGCCUUCACUUCCGCAAAGGGUUUGCUGGCAAUUGGUGGCGACACCUCUCCUUUGACCAACAAAGACAUUGGCAGCUUUGUGGGAGAAUGCAACAACGAUUGGGGCCACUUCAAGAACUUGGAGACUGAGAAGAUGAAUCCCAGCUGCACGGUGCUGCCGAAUCCCUUCAGUGGAACGGGCGGUUCCAUGUCCAUUUCCUCCAACCGCCUGGCCUAUGUCUUCGGCUUCCGCGGACCCAGUGUCACCUCGGACACCGCGUGUUCGUCUUCGCUCGUGGCCCUGGACACUGCCGCGGCCAACAUCGGACGCAACCGAUGCAGCGCGUCGGUGUCUGCGGGCGUCAACAUGAACUUGUUGCCGGGACCCUUUGUGGCAUGCUGCCAGGCCAAGAUGCUUUCGGAGGGCGGAAGAUGUAAGACCUUUGAUGCCACUGCAGAUGGCUACUCAAGGGGCGAAGGUGCUGGUACCAUCCUGAUCCGUCGCCUGAGCGAUGUGGCAGACAUGGGCCUGGCGGCCAUCAGUGGCACAGCAGCCAACCAAGACGGACGCAGCUCGUCCCUGACGGCGCCCAACGGCCCGGCGCAGCAGGAGGUGAUCCUCAUGGCCUGGCAGGAAGCUGGCUUGAACCCAGGUGCAACUGAUUACAUCGAAACCCACGGCACUGGCACUGGAUUGGGCGAUCCAAUCGAGGUGGGCGCCCUGUGCAACACCAUGGGUGACCAGCGCAGCUCCUCUCUGUAUGUGGGCGCCGUGAAGACCAACGUGAGUCACUUGGAAGGUGCUGCGGGCAUCGCGGGGCUGCUCAAGGCGGUCUCUGCAAUGCAGCAUCGUCAAGUGCCUCCGAAUUUGCACUUGUCCAAGUUGAACCCGCACAUUGAUGUGGAAGGAGUGGACAUGGUCUUCCCAACAGAGUCCAUGGUUCAGCUCUCGCAGGAGACCCUGAAGAGCUUUGGCCUGUCCUCUUUCGGCUUCGGCGGCACCAACACCCACGUUGCGGGCAUUGCUGCAGAAAAGCCGGCGGAAACGACAGUGGCCGCGGAGGAGGGAGACAUGACAUUUUGGGCCACGGAGGAUGAGCAAAUCCAAGAGAAGAUCGUGUUCAACCGCCAGCGUUUCGGAUGGUCCCAGACCAAGCAUCCUUUGUCCGUGCAGCCACGACGAGGAGAUUGUGAGUUCAUGGAAACCUUCCUCCCCGUGUUUUUUCGGAUCUUUGGGUUAGCACCUUUGAAAUAUGCAUUCUGUGAAGCUGGUGUCAUGGUCUUUGCCGCGCCCAUCAAGGGCAAGGUCUUGCAGCUGUUGUCCCAUCACAUCAUCUAUGGUGAGAUCGUGGUGCCAGGUAUAGUGAUUUGCAGUGGCAUGGUUGGAGUCCACAAAGGUCAUGAGUCCAGCAUGGGAAUUUCCCCGACCUUCUCAGCAUCCCGCAACCCACCUUGGCCAGGUGCAACCUACAUCGAGAUGGUCAUCGCGACUUCGGCCUUCAGAUUGGACAUGGCUGGCAAGAAGUUUGCGCUGGAGAACAUUGGUUUCCAGAACCCGCUGGUCUUGCGACCAUCCAACGACGAUAAGGUCGAGCAUGGCACCUCAGAGAUCAUCAACACUCAUGCUGAGGGCAGCAUCAACUUCCUUGGACCCAAGGCCACAGCGUCGACGGCAGCCGAGCUGAAACAUUUGCCCUUGGAGGAAAUCAAGGCAAGAUGUCCUGAGGAGGUGGAAGAUGCCAGGAUGUAUGUGCCUUUCGCCAACAUUGGCUUGCCAUUGCAGCCACGCUUCCGCACAGUGCGCACCAUCAAGCGCUCAGAGGAUGAAAUCAUUGCCUGGGUGGCCGCGCAAGAAGAUGGCACCAAUGCGGGCUUCGUCUUCGGUCCAGCAGUGAUUGAUGGCUCCUUCCAAGCGAGCUGUGCAUUCCAGAACCUCGAGGCCUUGCCCAGCUUGAGAAUUCCCCUGUCCAUCGAUCGUGUGCAGAUCUUGGGGCAAGGCUUCUCACCCAAGGCCUAA